AUGGCGUCAGUUGAAAAUCAGUUCUUCAUGGAUGCCUCCACUCAGGAGUGGGUUGACUUUGAUCAGUUUCUUGAUCUUUCGCCGAGUUAUAGCGAUGAUUAUUCCGCUAACUCCAUCUCCCCGGAAAUGUCGCUUCCCUACGAUGCUGACCUUUUCACCAAUGACCUGCCUGACCUCACCCAGCCUGGUUUCUCGGACAUGACAAACUAUGAUUUGUCACAUGAAGUUUCCUUUGUUGACCAGUCCCCCAAUGUGGGCCUGGUGCCGGACUUUGUUCCGCCCCUGGAUAAUGCUAUGUUCCAUGGUUACCAAUCAUACGACACCACCUUCGACUUCAGGCAAAUGGUUGAGGCGCAGGCCGCCCUCGACCCUCGUGUCGCUUCUCUGAAGGAGAAGCGCCGAGAAGCAGCAAUUGCUCUGCACCUGCAGCGACUGUGUGAUGCCACGGCCUUGGACCUCGAGAUGUCUUCCGAUUCCAACACCAGCUUCUCAUCGCCAUGCUGGUCGGACUACAUGCGCGAGAGCAUCUCCCCUCGACCGAACAGCGCCAGCCCGGAGGAGACACCAGCUCCUUCCCGGUCUGGAAAUGGCGGCAUGGAAAUGGUCCUUGAUCUGAACAUGAAUGCCACUGCCAACCUUCCAAAGAAGCAGAAGCCUCGUUCCCAAGCGCAGAAGGAGAACUACAUUAAAGCGCGGAAGUAUGGCGCUUGUGAAAAGCACAAGAAACAGCACAAGAGAUGCAACUGCCUUGAGAAGGCUGCUGCCCGUGCGGGCGUCAGUGAGGUGCCAAUGGAUGUCGCAGUUAAACGACCGAGACAACAAUUCUCGACGGCUUCAACUCUUCAACCAUCUUAUUCCUCUCGGGUUUCUGAUCACGCCGUUCCACGAGUCAUUGAGACCGUACGACCACCAGUCGAUGCCCCGAAGAGGGUAAUAGUGAAAUCCCCGAUGACGAAUUCGUCUGUCAGUUCGUCUGGUGUACAACCAUUUACCAGGACAACCGCCUCCUUCACCCGCAACAACUCGGGCCAUGCACCCGAGUACAGUACAAGCUUUGUGCUGUCACCAGUCCCAGAUACCAGCCAAAGAGCGCAAAGUUCAAACAGGUCACUGGGCCAAGCAGCGGUGCCCCAAUCCUCGGCGAUGCAAUACUCCUCUGUGGGGAGGUCGCCUCAACCGAAUCGCAAGUCUGUUGGCUUACCCACAUCUCGUGGGGUUGCUAUGGGCUCGUCUUCGAGCAACAGCCCUACCGCUGCGCAGUGCAACGUUUCCACCGCCAAGUCUGUCCCAACGACAGGCCACCCCGAACGGGGAAUUGCUCACAUCCUCGCGCGGGAAGCCCAGCGACCGAAAUUCUCGCUCGUCAAGCGUGUUGCUUCGGGCAACCGGAAUGCCACCAAGGCAAUCGAUCAACCUCAAGUUGGCGAUACACGAAACCGCGAUCUGUGUGUAAUUCACACCAGAACCUCGCUGCUUCAAAGCCUUAUCAAGAACAGUCUUUCUUCGCUGCCGGAUGGCGGAAGCACGGAGAGAAUCCGAUCUUCACUGCCAGCCAGGAACUCUGGUUGCGCAGAGGUGAGCACAUUGGCUACCAGAAGCUCAAGCUUGACUGCGAACUCCGGAAAGGUUGGCCGUGGUCUUAUUGUUCAAUCCAAGAUCCAGUCCACCGUUGCUCAGCUCGGAGUGUUCUCAAGAGCAUUGCAAUCAGUAUUUGGCGACUGG